AUGCGACGUUUUGUGACGGGAAAUCAAAGGGAGAGACCUGAGGUAAAGGGAUGGGUGUUUGGUGGUAGGGAUUGCUUUAACAGGCGGCUUCAACAAGGGGAGAACAAGCGGGAGGAAAAGGAGCCGGAAAGUCAAACUUUGGUGGAGGCCCAUUUUACACGACUAGUGUUCCUUCAGCUACAAACUCUAGGCUUUCGCCUCUUCCCCAUGAGCCUGCAGAUUUUUUAUGAUCGGACUGCAUCGGUUGACAUUCCACUUGAUUCAACUGUAGAUCUGAAGAAGAAAGAGAGAGAACUACAAAGUAAGGAAGCUGAUUUGAGGAAGAGGGAAGAGAUAGUAAAACGCAAAGAAGAGGCAGCUGCUCGAGCUGGUAUUGUUCUUGAAGAGAAAAAUUGGCCACCUUUUUUCCCCAUUAUUCAUCAUGAUAUAGCAAAUGAGAUACCAAUUCAUCUACAGAAAUUACAAUAUGUUGCAUUCACAACAUAUUUGGGAUUAGUUCUUUGCCUUCUUUGGAACAUUGUGGCUACAACAACAGCAUGGAUUAAAGGAGAAGAUCCAAAGAUUUGGUUUCUUGCUCUUAUCUACUUCAUAUCAGGGGUCCCAGGCGCCUAUGUGUUAUGGUAUCGCCCACUUUAUCGUGCUUUUAGGAGCGAAAGUGCGUUCAAGUUCACUUGGUUUUUCCUAUUUUACUUGAUUCACAUAGCUUUCGUCAUAUUUGCCGCUGUUGCUCCUCCAGUUGUCUUCAAAGGAAAAUCUCUCGCUGGUAUCCUACCAGCUGUUGAUCUUGUUGGAGACCAUGCUUUGGUUGGGAUCUUCUACUUUGUUGGAUUCGGUUUAUUCUGUCUAGAAUCUCUGCUCAGCAUCUGGGUUAUCCAGCAAGUAUUCAUGUAUUUUCGAGGCAGUGGGCAGGCUGCUGAGUUAAGACGUGAAGCUGCUAGAACCGCUGUACGAGCAGCAAUAUGACCAUAUUGCCCCUAUCAUUUCAACAGUUUUUUUUUUUUUUUGGAUUAAUGUCAAGAUUUGUUGUUUGUUUUUUGAAAAAGUAUAGAAAGAUGGUGGUAGAUUUGUCUCUGUAAAUCUUUUAGUUGUUUAAAAGUGGUGGUUUUGUUUAUUGGCAUUCUGAUUCUGAGGA